AUGAUAUCCUUCAACAAAUUCAACUUGGGCAUUAAGUGUCUCAGGACACGUGUCAAUUGGAGGGGAGACUUCUACACAUGCAUGGCGACAUGUGGCUCUCGACUUUUGAAAGAUGGGACAUUCACUUUGCAGUUGAGCGGGUUCCAUAAUCUGAACAUUCUUCCCAUAAUCAAAUCGAAGAAAACUUACGAAAGAUUCACCGGAGUUACUAUGGGUGGUGGCAACGGCCAAAAAGCCAAGAUGGCGCGGGAGAAGAAUUUAGAGAAAACGAAAGCUUCCAAAGGAAGCCAGUUGGAUUCUAACAAAAAAGCCAUGAAUAUUCAGGUAGUGAUUUUUUAUUUAAUCUACAUUCAGUUUUAA